AAACAGCCAGAAUCUUGGCUGCUCGCUCUGUCUAAAGGCUGCUAGUUGAGUUCUCUGAGGAUCUGGAAGCAUAACGAAGAAGCGUCUGUAGUUAAUGCUGCCUUUUUGUGGCUGUGGAUAUGAUAUGCAGGAGAACAGACCUGAACUUAUCAGGAGAGAGAUAAGAAGCUGCAUUUUAUUCCAACUGCUUCCCACAAACAGUACAUGAUUGGACUGUUCAUGACAAAAAGGGUAGCUGUACCUUAAUGGGACUGGAGACAAGCUUUAUGUGGGAGUCGGUCUGCAGAUGUCACCUGUGAUGGACUACAACGACUCCCAGGCUCUGCUCUCCAGAGAGCACCUCAUCUACGUCAUCACGGUGCCGCUGUCGACUUCCAUCAUCCUGGCCAACCUCGUCAUCAUCUUGGGCAUCUCCUGGAACCGGCAGCUCCACAACACGCCCAACUACUUCUUCCUCAGCCUGCUAGUGGCUGAUAUGUGUACGGGCGUGGCGCUGCCUUUUAUACCGUUGAUGGGUCUGAACCGGGAGUUAAGUUUUAGCUCCUGUCUGGUGGCUCAUGUGUUCCCAAAUUUCCUUUUCUUGGCGUUUCUCUUCAACCUGGUGAUGGUCCACUACGAACGCUACAUCUGCAUCGUUGACCCCCUGCAUUACAAUAAUCUGUGGAUGCAUCGCAGUUUCCCGUUAGCGCUGCUCGUGGUGUGGGCACCGCCACUGCUCUACGCAUCGCUUCCUGCUUUUGGGUGGAAUAACUGGACGGGACCAGAUUGGAAUGACUGCUGUGCAAGUAGCCAAAAGCUAGCAACAAACUGUUCGACGAACGGAACCGCCUGCUGUUCCUACAGCCGGGUGUUCCCCAACGCUUUCAUCUACUUGGAGGUGUAUGGACUCGUCCUACCUGCUAUUCUUACCAUCGCUGGCAUGACCGGCCGAGUUCUGUGGAUCACCCGAGGCCAGCUGAAGGACAUUUGUCGCCUCCAUCGUUCGGUGGAGCGAGGAAGUCAGGCCUCGGACCGGGAGCAGAGGCUGAACCUGCGCUACACUCGCUGUGUUGUUGCGGUGUCAUUAACUUUUCUGGCUUGCUGGGUUCCCUACCUUAUUUACAUGCACGUCUGCAUUGCAGUGUUGAUCAGUGACACCAAGUGGAGCUUCAACACUCACAUUGUGCUGUCUUGCACUGGUAUCGGAAGCAUGGCGGUGGUGCCGUUGGUGCUCGGCCUGGCCAACAAACAGUACACGGAACCUGCAUACAAAGUUCUCCAGAAACUCAGAGACAGAUGGAGGCGACGAACACAUGGAUCAGAGGAGGGUGACACCUGAAGGAACACUGAUAUAUAUCUGUGGAUACUCAUCAAAGUCAUAGUAGUCUUGGGAGAUUCGGUAGAAGAAAACUCUUUAACUGGUUCUUGAAAAAUCUUUCAUCCAAGAUGGUUCUUCAGGCCUAAUUGAUAGAUUGGGAGAACCAGGGAUAUAUUAGCACCUUCAGAACACAAUGAAGGACACAUGUGGCUUGAGAUGUAUAUCGUUGCGAAACUGCCAGGUGAGGGAUGAUUAAAUGUGUUGAUGGUGGGGAAACUGCCUGUGGAGGGAUGCACGUUCUAGUUUAAGUUUAAUAUAUGUAAAACUGGAACAGACAUGUCUAACGUUCCGAGAUCUGUACCCAGAUAAUUUCACCACCAACACCUUGGAUCGUCCCUCACCUGGCAGAUGACACGAGCCAUGUGUUUUAGGGUGACAAUAAAUAGCUUGGACAUAUUAACUUAUUGGAUGAGGGAUCACAUGUCUUCACAAACCAACAAAUCCAGUUAUUUAUUCUACUGAAGCACUUAAGAAAAUCAGUCAUGAAUCGAAAUGUGGUCAAAUUUCACAGUGACCCGACAAAAAAAGUAAAACUAAAGACUACUCCUAUCUUCCCACAGACUUAUAUAUCCUCUGUAAGAUACAAGUCAUAAACUGCAGCUGUAAUUAUCAUCUGAAUCACUCAGAAUGGGAUUAAAAUCACUGACCAGGCCCGGCCUUGAGGUUAAUUCUGCACAGUGUCACUUUGAACCAGUCCUAAUGUCAGUUUGCUAAUGUGUUAAUGUGUGGCAGGUAGUUGUGUUUGAACUUGAUGUGACACCUGAAAUGUAAAUGUGCUCAAUCGUAACAUCAGAUUUAACAGAGGCCAAUAAACUGCCCCUGUAUCAGUAGUAAAUACUCUUGUGUAGCUUCAUGUGGACAUGAAUUAAAGAGGUUGUAGAGUC